AUGGAAUCGUCAUCGGACCAGGGUACACAAAACCCAAAGAUCCGCUUGGCGAGACUCUUACCAGGGGCUCAUGAUACUCCUAUACUGCUAGAAUAUUUUUCUUCCACAUUGAGAGAAUUGCCUCCGUACAUCGCCUGCGCUUGCCUGGUUGAUUUCUCCAAUCAGGAUUCGAAUGGCUCAUCGGGUGGUCUCGCAUCAAGCUUAGAGAGUCUUCUGCGCCACCUCGCGGCAGUCUCGGGCAAGGCCUCAUAUGAUAAUGGCUCAGGAGUCAGGACGUCCCUUCUCGAAACCGCGGAGCGAAUCCUGGUUACUUAUGAGAGCCUUUUCUCCUCUAAGUGCCCCAAGCUCAAGGUAAUCCUAAAUGGCGAAUGGAUGGAAGUAUCAAGGGAAUGCCUCAAUGAUCUGCUCCUAAUAAAGGAAGAACCCAGUGCCGAUUUAGUUGCACAGUUUUACGCAAAAUACGGGCAUGUUUUUGCAUCAGAGGUAGUCCUGGGCGGAGCUCUCCGCUGGAGCCAAGCAACGAGUGGAAUCGCCGGUGACAACCACGAGAUAAAGUCCUCGAGAUUAAAGGCAUCCAUAAGUGCCAGUUUUCCGAUAAUAAAGGUAUCGGGAUCAUAUUCUGGGGAAGAUGCAUCACUGUCGGAAGUUCACUCCAGCUUGAGUAACCAAAUGACAGACUUCACCAGGGUUGGAGGAAAGGCCGGAUGGUUCCUAGAAUUGGCCGAAUGGGAGAAAUCGCUUGAAUCUCCUAGUCUCUGGGAAGUUGCAGAGCAUGCUCAACUUCGACUGAUUCACGAAGUCACCGGGGAUCUUGCUGGAAUGAGUUGGGUGCGGGAGAUAUUCACAACAUUCGAAGUCCGUCUUGGGAAAAAUCCGCUGCUGCCGACAGCUUAUCGAAGCGAGUUCUAUGCAGAAGAUACAGCUUUUGCAUCGCUGAGACUAACUUUGGCCAAUAACAAUGAAUUCGCGGUUACGCUUUUGUUCUUUCAGGACCCAGAUGGAUGGAUCAGGUGCGGUGGGUUCGAGGAUUCACUCGAUUCCCAGGCUUGGAACAGCGAAUUCCUUUUCAAGGAACGCAUCGCCUGCGGAAAGAAGCGGACCCCGUCGGCAUCAGCCCAGUCGACUUCUGAAAAUGUGUCGGAUACUUCGAAUCUUAGCCUGGUGCGCAAAGGAAAGUCACUGAUACUCAGCUUCGUCGGACACACCGGGGAGACUAUGACCGUGAAAUACCCCAGGUAUCGACUCUCAUGUCUCCUCAUGGUUUUGUUCUCGUCCUCAUCUAUAGACAUCCUUACAGGCGAUACGUCAAACGUCCGAGACACAGCAUGUCCGAUGCCAGGAGCCUUUGAAUACUACGAAGAUGUGCCACUGUCUCUUCCAGGAGCUGAGAGACCUUAUCGUGAGGCGGCCAUUUACUCUGAUACGACGCAGCAUGGUCUUAUAGCUGUGGCAAAGAGGCUCUGCGACGAUCGAAUUGACAUCUUUAUUUGGGUAUCAGAGAACCAGACCGACGAAACCAACGACGAAGCCGACGGCGAAACCGACGGCGAAAUCGACAGCGAACUCGACGGUGAAGCCGACGACUCAAACGAAUCAGGAGCUGCUGACGUUACAUCUGAUAGACAUCACGGUGCUUGCACGGUGCGUCGGGAAAGCGAGUUUUGCUUCCUUUGGAUUCGAGAGGAUUAUAAAUCGUGGAUGCCAUCCCUGGUCUUCAUAUCACCUGAAGGCAAGAUGGGAAUGAUCCGGGUCAUAGUUUGA